AUGGUGUCUACGAGGCACCACCCACGGCCUUUCCCGGAGUCAGCGUCGCCUGCCAGGUCCAGCCGGUCCAAUACCGCAGAACCGAUGUCGAAGUCAUCUUCCUCCCCACCACCCGACGAUACAGUCACCGUGGCCUCCGGAAAGAGCGCUCGGACGCGCCGAUCUGAUCGCUCGCCUGCUGCAGCAGAUAAACAUCAAGCGUCGGCUUCUAGAAAUGCGUACCUGCAUAAGCCCCCUCCCCUGAUGAUCGUCUGGCUUUGUGUUUCGCUCCCGUUGGUGCUGUGGGAUACGGGAUACAUCUUCUGUCGGCCGUAUUCGAUGCCCGGUGGAAGCCUCCAUUGGCCGUUGUGGACGCCUUAUGCUCUCUAUGGCACGGUGGACUACAUCUACGGUUGGCCUGCGUGGAAUGGACACGUCGGAUUCACAGCGGCGCAGGCAUCGCUCAACACCGUGGAGACCCUCAUGUACUUUUACUACUUGAACGCGGUGUUCCGGAAUGCCAGGAGUGGGAUGUUCAGUUUCCGUGACAUUCGCGGCUUUUUCUUGGGGGAAGAGCACCGCGCCGUUCGAGGACCUGGAGUCGCCAAGGCAGUUGUCGUUCUAUUCUCUGCCGCGGUGAUGACACUAAGCAAGACGGUGUUAUACUGGCUCAAUGAAUACUUCUCGGGUUUUGCCAACAUUGGGCAUAACACACUCGGCAACCUGAUCUUACUGUGGAUCAUUCCCAAUGGGCUUUGGCUCGUUUUCCCAAGCUACAUAAUCUACGUGCUGGGGAGCGAGAUGAUUCAGAGGAUGGAUGGAGCUGCAGCUGAAAAAGAAGACUGA